CUACCAUCGAGAACUGAGAUGAGGCAACGGCGUUUCUACUGUACUUUAAGUAUAACAAUGUGGAAGAAGAAGGGUACCCCUUCAAAAUUCCAGUGAUUUGCAUAAUUGCGUGAAGGUCGCUGACCUUUUUUCUUCCGCUUGACCCAGUUUGUUCAAUCACCCAAACAGUGUUUGGACACUACCUAAAUAAAUGCCGAUGCAGAGGUUCAGGCAUUCGCAAGUUGCUUUACAGUUUACCUUGACGACCAGGGCAGCAAACACUCUCCAAAGACUUGAAGGAAUGUAUGACGUGAUGAUACUCCGACGAUUAUCAAACAGUGGAGAGGACGGUGAAAAGUGCCCGUUAGGCUAUUGGUCUUGUGUUCAAGGUCCUAGGACAAAAUGUGCCGAAAGAUAUCGAUCUUCAGGGUAUACGAUAUACGAUCAGAAUGUGCAGAGCGAUGUUCUUCAGGCUCCUCGAGCCUCGAGCUUCAAGCGCAGUGAAUUACAGAGGUCACGGUCGCGUAAAGUCGUGCACCACACGUAGCAUAGGUCACUCAGCUAUUUGGUGAGAUCAAACCCGGACAAAUGGAGGAAAAGUCUAGCGAUUUUCACGGACAUACGCAAGACGCUAUGAAGCACGCGCCCUUGGUCGCUUCAGCUAUUUUGUGUCCUAAAUCCCUACGGAAAGGCAUUCAAUACAGGAAUACUAAUGUGCAAUGAUAGCAUCGAUGACUCUAUUCUUGGAGCUCAUAAUAAAGUAGGCGUAGCAGCGACGUUGCUGAAAACUGACUCGGAAGAUUACUCAAUGCCAACUCGCAGACGCCAUUGACUGGGUUGUCCAUUCAGCGCUUGAUGUGGAGUUUCUGAACGUAUAAAGCUUGUGCUUGCAUGCGGCGAUUGGGCUGCUCAUACCCAAUUUCCCAACCAACUUUGGCUUCUUGACAGGACCGAAGUUUAGCUCACUUAGCGCUAAUGUCUACCAAUAUUUCUACUGGUGUCGCACUUGCCUUUCUUGCCUGGAUAAUAAUCCGUUUGACCAAAGCUGGCACUAGACAGUCUGGCCUUCCCCCUGGCCCUCCGACGCUUCCGCUUCUUGGCAAUCUCCAUGUCUUCCCGAAGACUCGCGCAUAUCUGAAGUUCACGGAAUGGGCGAAGGUGUAUGGAGAACUUUACUCGCUCAAAGCCGGUCCAGCCAACGUUGUUAUCCUUUCUAGUCCAAGGAUGGUCCGUGAAUGCAUUGAUGUGAAAGGUGCUGCCACAGCCAGUCGACCCCUGCUUCAUGUCUCUGAAUUGGUCUCAAACAAUUUGGAAUUCUCGUUGAUACAAUAUGGGCCGACGUGGAGGAGUAUGCGUCGGGCCGCGCAUGACAUUUUGUCACAACAGGCCUGCAUGAGGCACCUCCCCAUCCAACACGCGGAGGCUAGUCAAUUAACGUUUGAUUUCCUAGAGAGCCCAGAGUUGUUCUACACCCACAUCUACCGCUACACGGCCUCUGUGAUUGUCUCUGUAGUGUACGGGAUCCAUUGCCCACGAUACCAUGAUUCAUUAGUCGACGAACUUCGCCAGAUAACCAGAGAGUUCCAACAGCUCAUCACGCCUGGCGGUACCCCACCGAUAGAUAUCGUCCCGAUUCUGAAGCACCUUCCUGAGCGCGUGGCACCGUGGAAAGCUCGCUGCAGACAUCUACGCGCCAGGCAACUCAAGCUUCUCUUGUCACUACUCGAUACAUGUGAAAAUCGUAGGAAGACUGAUAAGCGCAAUGGCUGCUUCAUGGAAUAUAUAUUAGACAACCAAGACCGCUAUAAUUUGGACCGUGAACAGACUGCAGCCUUUGGUGGGUCAGUCAUUGAAGCGGGGAUAGACACCACUGCCAUGUUUCUGCAAUUUUUCGUUGCUUGUAUGAUAGCAUACCCUGAGGUGCAAGCUCGAGCACGGAAGGAUAUAGACGACGUGAUCGGCCUCAACCGAACACCCCAACAAGAUGAUAUCGAGAAUUUGCCUUACCUACGCGCUCUGAUCAACGAGAUACAUCGUUUCUGUCCCAUCGCGCCUAUGGGUAUUCCGCAUGCGUCUACGGCAGAUGAACGUAUUGGUGACUACAUGAUCCCGAAGGGAACUACGAUCGUCAUCAAUAUUUGGGGCCUCUACCGUAACGAAGAAUACUUCGAAGAUCCUGACGUGUUCAAUCCCGAGCGAUAUCUUCAAUCGCCGUACGGGAUGAAACCCGGUGUCAAUCUCACGGGCCUGAGGAGUGAUUAUAUGUUUGGCGGUGGAAGGCGGAUUUGCCCCGGCAUGCAUCUCGCUUUUAAUUCAAUUACACUUAAUACCAUGAACCUCCUAUGGGCAUUCGAAUUCAAUACGGCUAAAGACCCUAACACUGGUCGACCCAUUCCAGUUGACCCACAUCACGUCACUGAUAAUUUGCUUUUGAGCCCAGAACCGUUUCAAUGUAACAUUGUACCUCGAAGUGACAAAAAGGCUGAGAUGAUACGGAACCAGUUUGCGAACGCGAAGGCUACUUUUGAUCUGUUCUGCGCAUAAGCGGGUGCGCGAAUCAUUAGCGUUGUAUGGCUUUUCUUGUAGACCCUGUAUCUUGAAUUGUAGUAUCUAACUCAGAAUUUUUCGAUUCCCUGGGAUUGAAGGAGCAGCUUCAAAAUGCCUCUUGAGGCUUUAUGCUGAA